AUGACAGGCCAGCGUCAAGCUUCAACUUUGACGGCGGCUCUUUGGCUGAUCUUUACAAUUGUAAUUCCGACCGAAACUCAAGUUGCUAAUCCCUUUUCAUCUAUAAUGCAAUUUCUCCAAGACGGUACAAACCAACUAGAUAAUGAACCACCAGACCAGACAAAUCUACUCUCUGAGUACGAUUUCAUAGUUGUUGGUGCGGGUACGGCAGGAUGCGUACUCGCUAACAGACUAACAGAAGUACCGGAAUGGAAAGUCUUACUCAUAGAAGCAGGUGUUAAUGAAAACUUUGUUAUGGAUAUUCCACUUUUGGCUAAUUACCUUCAAUUUACAAAUGCUAACUGGAAAUAUAAAACAAAACCAUCUGAUAAAUAUUGCGCAGGAUUUGAAAAUAAGCAAUGUAGUUGGCCACGUGGUAAAGUUGUUGGAGGAUCUAGUGUAUUGAACUACAUGAUUUAUACUAGAGGAGCACAUUUCGAUUAUGAUAAUUGGGCUGCAAUGGGUAAUAAAGGUUGGGCGUGGAAAGACGUCCUACCGUAUUUCAAAAAAAUUGAAAACUUUAAAAUACCCUCAGCUGAUGAUCCUGCCUUCCAUGGUCAAGACGGGUAUUUAAAUAUAGAAUAUGCACCAUUUCGCUCAAUGAAAAGUAAAGCGUGGGUUAGGGGUGCACAAGAAUUAGGUUUCACAUAUAAUGACUUUAAUGGGGCUAGACCAUCUGGCGUCUCUUUUUUACAACUUACAAUGAAGAAUGGCACCAGACACAGUUCCAGUCGAGCUUAUCUUCAUCCAAUUAAUAAAAGGAAUAACUUGCACGUAUCAAAAACAAGCAUGGUGACAAAACUUAUUCUAGACUCUACUAAGAACAAAGUUAUUGGGGUUGAAUUUACGAAACGUGGCAAGAAAUAUAAGAUAUUAGCAAAAAAAGAAGUGAUAGUAUCAGCUGGUGCAAUUAACUCGCCACAACUAUUAAUGCUUUCAGGAAUUGGUCCAAGAGAUCAUUUAGAAUCUCUAGACAUACCAGUGAUAAAAGAUUUGCCAGUAGGAUAUAAUCUCAUGGAUCAUAUUGCAGCUGGCGGAGUCCAAUUUACGGUACAAGAAAAAGGUGUACCUGUGUCCAGCGCGUACAUACUAAAUCACUUGGAACUAGUAUUUAAAUGGAUGCAAACUCAUAAAGGACCUUUAUCUCUUCCUGGUGGUUGUGAAGCUUUAGUAUUCCUGGACUUAAAAGAUAAAUUUAAUGUCACUAGUUGGCCUGAUCUAGAGUUGCUUUUUAUUGGUGGUGGAUUAAACUCCGACCCACUUCUAUCACGUAAUUUUGGUUUUGACGAACAAAUAUAUUCCGAUACAUAUUCCGCAUUAAGUAGCUACGACGCGUUUAUGGUUUUCCCUAUGCUUAUGCGACCAAAGUCUAAAGGUAGAGUGAUGUUGCGAAGCAAGAAUCCCAAAGUGCACCCGACUUUAAUUCCGAAUUACUUUGAAUAUCCUGAAGACCUAAAAAAAAUUGUGGAAGGUAUUAAAUUGGCCAUAGAAAUAUCGAGACAAACAGAAAUGAAAAAAAUUGGAACUAAAAUAUAUGAUGUACCUAUAGCUGAGUGUUUGAAAUAUGGACCCUUUGGAAGCGACGCGUAUUUCGCUUGCCAAGCGCAAAUGUUUACAUUUACUAUUUAUCACCAAAGUGGAACAUGCAAAAUGGGCUUGAAAAGUGACCCUUCCGCAGUUGUAGAUCCUAGAUUGAGAGUACAUGGAAUUACAAACUUACGGGUAAUUGAUGCUAGCAUAAUGCCCGAAAUCGUAUCGAGUCAUACAAAUGCGCCCACGUUUAUGAUAGCAGAAAAGGGAGCGGAUAUGAUUAAGGAAGAUUGGAGGAAGAAA